CAUCAGGGUUUACCUGCCGAACCUACAGUACCACAGCACCACGCAAUCCAGCAGACAUAUAUCAAGAGUAACACGGGAGCAUGCAUAAGUGCGUUACCGUGUAAUACCUCUUGGCCAACGAUACCCGUUCGAUUUACGAUACCCGCCUGCAUUUACGAUAGCAUUCUGCGAGACAAUAGUUCCUGGGGUGCACACUUUCUAAUACUCCCUUCCCUUGCUUUUUCCUUGAACCUCCGGGACGAUGGAUGCGGUGCUACGGUACUCGAUAUCCAACGGCAGCGACGCCGGUGCCGACCCCAGCUGGGCCGACAUAAACGAUCCUAAAGAAAAGAAAAAGGUCCAGAACAGGAUCGCACAAAGAAGCUAUCGCCAGCGCAUGAAGGCACGGCUGGAGAAGCUCCAAGCCAAAGUCAACUACCACGAGCAGAUGAAUCUCGACAAUACCCCCCGAGACGACGACGUGCAAAAUAGACAAGCGCAACAGCAAGAACAACAACAGCAACAACAACAACAACAACCACACCAGCUCCAGGGCAACCCAGAACCAUACCACCCCGUCACAUUAGAGUCGUUGACGCCAGAGUCACCGGGCAAGCACUCGAUGCAACCGCAGGUGCUGCAAUCCACAUUUUACGACCACGCAACAGAAAAGGGCAACAAACCCAUAUACAUGCAGCCCCAGCUCAUGGACGACACACAGCAAUUACCGCCGAACCGCGCCAUGAGCGACCCCAACAAGGCGUGCGACAAGCUCCCCAUAGACUACAUGCGGCUCCCGAAGCAGCAGAUGGCGGACAAGCUCCCGGCGACAACGCUCGCCGACCACAGUCCGCAGGACGACGGCGCGCGAAUGAACGGAGCAGUUGACCGCCACCAGCUCUACACGCCAGAGCCGAAUGACGUCAUGGCCUUCAACCACCCGUUCGACAUGUGGUCGUUUGAGAUGCUCCCACAGACGCGGCGGCAGCCCCAACAGCCGGCGCUAGGAGGCGAACUACCACCGCACGUCGGCGGCGGCGGCAGCAGCAACGGCCUGGCGAUGGAUUCGUCCCUGACGGACCUGUCGUCGGUGUCGCCCGCGCCGUCGGCCAAGCAGGGCCUGGACGAGCGGCUGGAGUACGUGCUGAGCUGCACGCGGGCGGCGGGCUUCGAGAGCUUCGACGCGCUGGUGACGGCCUACUACAACGGCAACUUCGAGGACUCGUCGCCGCUGGCCAUCGAGCAGCGGUUGAGCCGCAACCGGGGGCUGCCUAGCGUCGUCGCCGACGUGUUUCGCGACGCGCGCCGCUGGAGCGACUGGGAGCGCCGCGGCUUCGACGAGGAGCUGCUCAAGACGACCGAGAGCAUGCUCGUGUCCGAGGGCGAGGACAGCCGGAGUUCCCUGGAGAGCGUCCUGAGCAUGCUGUCGGCACCGCAGAACGGAAGCGGCGGCGGGGACGGCUCCGGCACCUCGGCGAGCCAGGCGCAGGCCACCCUGGCGAUGAAGAAGGUGAUGCAGAACGAGUUACCAAACCUCUGGGCGCUGAUGAUGGCCUUCUCGGCCGAGCACAGGGAUGUGUGGCAGCGCAACCGAUCCAACACGGUGCUCGCCGCGAUCCUGCUGCUGCGAUACCCGGGCCGCAUCCCCAACGACCAGCUGCUCAAGCUAGUGAGCGGGUGCCUUUGAAGUGGGGGAGAGGGAUGGAUGGAGAUGGAGGGGUUCGUUGUACAAUACGGGGAGGGGCUUUGAACCAGGGGUCUUUGGAACCUGGGACCCUUUGAUCGGGUCACGACUCCAUUUGGUCAGUGACAGUUCAGUUAGUCUGUCUGUCUGUCACUGACAAGUUUGCCGUGAAGCGGCGUGGGCAGUUUGCCAGCGUGCCAGCGUGCCAGCGUGUGCCAGCGGGCAACUGCCGCGGCAUCUCUGCUAGCCUCAACUUCGCAACUCGCUAGUGGCAGUUGUGCAGUCUGAAACAAUCUACUUGCCGGGGGAUUUGGGUUUGGAGAUGGGCUUCGUUAUCGCACUCUCAUUGGCCUCAUUUCGGCUUCCCCACUGCCGCUCUACAUGGG